AUGGACCGUAUCUCAAAUAAUGACGUGUCAGACUACAAUAAGGACUUCGCCUUUAUUCAGUUUGGUGCUGAAGGGAAUACAGGUCUCAAGAUGGAAUCUCCGGCGCAGAGUGGGGAUGGGAAAGACUCCCGUUUGCACCGCUCUGGUCCAGUUCUAACUUUUGAUAACAUCCGAUACGCGGUGAAUGCAGCGACGACUUCCUACUUGAGGAGAAAGGAGAAAGAAGUUCUGCGCGGUGUCAGUGGAAUAAUGAAACCUGGCUUGAACGCUAUCCUUGGACCCACAGGAAGCGGAAAGACAUCGCUUCUAGAUGUGUUGGCAAGCCGGAAGGAUCCCAAAGGGUUCAAAUCAGGCCAGGUUCUACUGAAUGGGCAAGUGUUGAGUGCCAACUUUAACCUGCAGUCUGCCUAUGUGGUGCAGGAUGAUAUGCUGAGGAGAACGUUAACUGUCAGGGAAAACCUGGAGUUUUCUGCCAAUCUUCGGCUCUCCAGCAAAGAACAUACAUUUGAGCAGAAGAAACAAAAGGUGAACCAAAUCAUUGAAGAGCUUGGAUUGCAAGACUGCAUUGAUACCAGGAUUGGCACGGACCUCAUGCGGGGCGUCUCUGGCGGAGAACAGAAGCGCUGCAGCAUUGGAAUGGAAUUGAUCACCUCACCAUCUCUGCUCUUCCUAGACUAGCCGACUACAGGACUGGACGCACACCUGGCCAGUUCCGUCAUGCGUACAUUUCACAUGUUAUCCAGAAAUGGGAGGAGCAUUGUAUUUUCAAUCCACCAGCCUUGUUAUUCCAUCUACAAAAUGUUUGAUUACAUAACCUUAAUGCACAAGGGAGAAAUCGUAUAUCAAGGUCUAGGUGGAGAAACCAUCAACUACUUUAAAGAUCUUGGUUAUGAAUGCAAGCCUCAUAACGACCACUCACGAUUCUUCUUGGAUGUCAUUAAUGGAGUAGUUCCAUCCUGCCGUGAAAACCCCAGUCCAGGUAUUUCUGAUCGCCAAGAUUUACUGAUUAAAUUUCAUGCAGAAGAUGCAAUCACUUCCUGCGUCACUGUGGAUCCCAGUGAGGAUAAGAAUCUCUUGGCCCAUCAUUUCCAACAAUCUGCUUUAUAUCAGAAAAUCAACAAGGAAGUGAAGGAUUUGUCUGUGCCUGAUAACUCAGGAGUCUCAAUCAGAGUAAAAUCUUCAUAUCCAACUCCUUUUUGGUAUCAGCCUAAUUCAUUUAUCAGACACGAAAAUGCGUGUGGCUACUAUCGGACUUCAGCGUACUUCCUGUCCAAGGUUUUGAUUGACCUGAUACCCAAUCGUAUUGUUCCAAUUCUUACUUUUUCAUCUAUAUCCUACUAUCUGAUGGGUAUCAAAGUGAAAAAAACAUGUUUUUUUCUGUUCUACCUGACCCUCAGCCUCAGUAGUUUGGCAGCCAUGAGUUUGGCUUUUUUAGUCAGCGCAAGUGUCAGCACCUUUGCAACAGCCAAUGCUCUGAUCGCCAUCACAUAUGUCUUCAUGAUGGUUUUUGGAGGCUUUCUGGUGAACUUAAAUGAAAUGUUACAGUGGCUGUCUUGGUUGAAGUGGAUAAGUAUAUUCCGAUAUGGUUUGAAUGCACUGAUAAUCAAUGAACUAAAAGGACAAAUAUUUUACAUGAAGUCAACAGUGUUUCACGGUGAGAUCUACAUGAUUGAGCAAGGUAUUGACUACAGCAUCUGGGGAUUCUGGCAAAAUCAAGUUGCCCUUCUCUGUAUAAUGACAAUAUUCUUAUUUCUGUCAUUCAUACAGCUUUUGCAAAUUGACAAGUGGAAAUGA